AUUUUUCUAGCUCUUAGUUCUACUGUUCUAACUUGACGCUAGGAUGCCUGAGCCCACCAAGUCCGCUCCAGCCCCGAAAAAGGGCUCCAAGAAGGCGGUGACCAAGGCGCAGAAGAAGGACGGCAAGAAGCGCAAGCGCAGCCGCAAGGAGAGCUACUCGGUGUACGUGUACAAGGUGCUGAAGCAGGUGCACCCCGACACCGGCAUCUCGUCCAAGGCCAUGGGCAUCAUGAACUCGUUCGUCAACGACAUCUUCGAGCGCAUCGCGGGCGAGGCGUCCCGCCUGGCGCACUACAACAAGCGCUCGACCAUCACGUCCAGGGAGAUCCAGACGGCCGUGCGCCUGCUGCUGCCCGGGGAGCUGGCCAAGCACGCCGUGUCCGAGGGCACCAAGGCCGUCACCAAGUACACCAGCUCCAAGUGAACGUGCCAAAUGAACGGCUUCAGCAGUCUCCUCCUUGACUUAUACUCCCAACUGCCUUCCAAACCCUGGCUGCAGGAAAGAAGACUGAGGAGAAGUGGAGAUAAUGUUAGGGGAAGUUCUGAGUUCCUGACCUUCA